AUGGUCAUGGAGCUAAUUCCGGGCCUUCCUUAUGAUAUAGCUCGUGAUUGUUUGAUUCGGGUGAGGUACAAGCAAUUGGCAACAGUUGUAUCCAUCUGCAAGUCUUGGAAAAGCGAGACCGAGUCACCGGAAUUUCGCCGUCUUAGAAAAGCUGCCGGUACUAGUCAAAAGCUUAUUGUAAUGGUACAGGCAAGAGUUGACCCCAAUCAAACUUCUAAUGUUGUGAAGUAUGGGGUAAGCCCUGUUUUCCGGCUCACUCUUGUUGAACCGGAUAUGCGUGAUUGGUGUGAGUUGCCUCCGGUUCCUGGGUUCUCCAAUGGGUUGCCAUUGUUUUGCCAAGUGGCGAGUGUUGGGUCGGAUCUUUUGGUGCUGGGUGGGUUGGAUCCGGUGACCUGGGAGGUUUCCAAUUCUGUCUUUGCCUUUAAUUUAGUUUCGGCCACGUGGCGGCGUGGGGCUGAUAUGCCAGGACACGAUGGCGACAAGAACGCAUUGAGAUCCGCAAUGGCAUAUGACGUGGCAAAAGAUAAGUGGGUUUGUUUGCCUGACAUGGCGAGAGAGCGAGACGAGUGCAAGGCGAUUUUCCAACAUGGCAAGCUCCACGUCAUUGGAGGAUACUGUACUGAGAUGCAAGGGCGAUUCGAGAGAACUGCUGAAGUCUUCGACCUUGCCUCUUGGCAAUGGGACGAUCUGCUAGAUGACCUAUUGAAAGUUGCCAUGUGUCCUAAGACGUGCGUGUGUGGGAGUGAUGGGAUGUUCUACAUGUGUCGGGGAGGUGACGUGGUGGCACUUAGGGAAGACACGUGGCAAGCUGUUGCGAAGCUUCCGGCUGAUGUGUCCAAUAUCGCUUAUGUAACAGCGUGGCAGGACAAAUUGGUGGUGAUUGGUACGGCAGGAUUCGGUGAGCCCCACAUGGCUUAUGUGCUUGAUCUGAAGAAUUACAAGUGGAAAGAAAUCGAGAGACCUCAACAAUACUCCGGCCAUGUUCAGUCGGGUUGUUACUUGGAGAUUUAA